AUGAGUUUAAGACUAAUAUUUAAAAGAUACCAAUCUUAUUCAUUAUCUAAGUUCUCAAACUUAGAAGAAUUAAAGCUUAACACUUCAGAUUUCAAAGGGUUAUUCAAAUAUUCAACUCUCAAUGAAUUAUAUUUCCAAAGAGGUGAAAAAAUUGUCAAUGAAUUAAAUUUACAAUUAAUCGAAAAUAAAAUUUCACCACCAUCAAGUUUAAAUGAAUUGAUAAAAUUGACUAUUAACAAACCAGAAUUGAUUAAAAUUUAUAACAAUGCCACUAGUUUACAAAAUUUGAAUUUUUUCUUUGAAAAUUUAAAAGAAUCCAGUGAUUAUUCAUUCCCAGUUAUUGAUAGUAAUGAAAUAUUGAAAUCACCUAUCUUAGAAGAUUUAGAAGAAGUUAAUAAUAAUUUUAAUAUCGACAAAGAUUUAAAAGAUUGGAUUAUUCUGAGUUUUGGUUCAAUUUUACAAUUUAAAUCAUUGUUAUUAAAUUCUGCUCAUUCAAUCAAUGGUAAUGGUAUAACUUGGUUAAUUUCUCAACCAAGAAAUGAUGAAAGUUUAAAGUUCUCAUCAUUCUCAAGUAAUUUCGGUAAUAAAGAUAAGUUAUCUAUAGUAAAUACUUAUAAUAAUGGUACAAUUGAUGAUUCAUUAAGAUCAAAUCAAUUAUAUAAGAAUCAAAAACAAAAAGAAUUGAAAGAAAAUUUGAAAUUAGAGAAAGAACCUGAACAACAAGAAGUUGUUGAAGAAGAAUUCAAUCCGAUCUUAGGAACUAUUGAAGAAGCAGAAUUUCAAAAUUUAUUUAAUGAAAAAUCAAUCAUACCUUUAUUAGCUAUUGAUGCUUCACCAAGAAAUUAUUUAAAAGAUUAUGGUGUUUUUGGUAAUCAAAGAUAUUUAGAUAACGUUUGGAAAUGUAUCAAUUGGGAUAUUGUCAAACAAAGAACCCCAAAGAAAGAUUCCCAAAAUUUUUCAUUCGAUUAUGAAUAG